GUCCAAUACGAAAAUAGCCAAGCGAAUAAUUUUUAGUAAGCGCAUCCGCAUCUUAACGUUUUCAUUAGGCAACACUUGGGUUUUACCAUGGAUAUUUUCCCCUGUGAAAUAUGGGAGGAAAUAGUGAAGCAUUUACGGGCUUACGAUCUUAUCAAUUUUUGUAACUCUUCGGACGAAUUCGGGCACUUCUUGCACAACAGAAAUGUCGUGACAAACUUUGAUCUUGGUGCAUGUUACCACAUUUAUAAAGAACCUUUGUAUAAAUUUAUCGAGACAGAUGUUGGAUAUAAUCAUGUAAGGAGUUUAAAUAUAAAUAAAAUUUAUUGGAUAAGUUUGGAGGAGAUAAGGGAUAUAGUUCGAUUAUUGCCUCGGCUAGAAGACUUACGUGCUUUGGACACGAUAUUGGGUAUGAGGGAUGAAGAUGUUGUGCUAUACAAAAAGCUUAAAAGAUUAGCAAUUGCUGUAGAAGCGAACCAAUUCACAUCUCCACGUGAAGUUUACAGAGAGAAUUUAGCCCAACUGAAAUCACUCUGUAUUAAAUUUGUUUUCAAAGACAGAGCAGACUUUAGAAGAAUAUAUUAUAUGUUUUUCAAUGAAUUACGGAAGUUAGAUGAAUUAUGGAUUUAUGAUGCAGAUGAUUUGGAACCACAUUCUUUGAGAUAUGACUACAUAGUUUGUAAUUUGAGGAAUCUAAAAAAAUUAGUAAUCAAGUCCAAAGUUAAUUUGACUCUGCUGGAUUACAAACCUUUCGGUUUGUUGAAGAUUUUUGAAAGGCGGAGGAGUAAUAUUACAACAAUAGGAUAUGUAAAGCAUGACAUACCUCAACUUAUAAGUUUGAGACGACCUUCACUGUCCCAAAUUUUUGAAAGCAGGACCGAAAAAUCUUGGAAUGUUAUUAAUUCAUUUUUGGCAGAAACUCCUUGUAAUUUCCAAAAUUCUAUUAAUAUCGAUGCUGUUAGAUCAAUUAAGAACGCAGAUUUCAAAGAAUUAUCAUUUUAUCACACAAGACUCUGUAACCCAACAUUUAUAAAUUCAGUCGUUGACAUAUUAUUAUCAAAACAUUCUAGAGGCCUAAAGAGACUGUGCCUUACUUUCUGUAUAUUGCAGGAAGGAAAUGUUGAGGAUAGUGAGAAGAAAAAUAUUUUUAGGCAUAUUAUUAAUAAUUGUCAACAUUUAAAUGAUUUGGAAAUUGUUCACUGUACAAAUACUGAAAUUGGAGAAAUUAAUGAUGAAGAAACCGUCAAAGUUCCCUGCUAUAGCUCUGCCAUUAUUAGAUCUUACGAACUAAUUUGUAACUUACGGAAUUUGAAAAGGUUAACGUUGGAAAUACCUCCAUAUUUAAACGGAACUUUUCUUAAAGAUGUUUUUCUCAAAUGCCCUGAACUUCAAUAUUUGCAAAUAGUAAGUCGAGAAACCAAUGAAGAUCUUAAUUAUGUCUUAUACUCGCAUUUAAAUUAUGCUCAGAGGUUACAGGAGUUCAGAUUUGAAAAUGUCCACAUUGACUUAGAUCGCCUUUUCUCAGCCCUCAACAAAGUAUUACCCUCGAGACUCCAAAGGAUCGUCAUAAAAUGUGAUUACGAUCACUCCUUGAAGUUAUGGCCUCUAGAAAAACUGCUGAAACGCAACACUGACGUAAUUUGUCUAGUAAUUUUGAUAGCUAAAUACAACAGGCACCAAAUAAAUAAAUUGCAAGAGUUAUUAAACGAAUAUAAAGAUAAUCCAGCAAAAAUAUACGUCGCAAAAAAUACAAUGGGUCCAGACGAUGAUAUAAUCAUUCCAGAAGCUCACAAGGAUAUUUUGUAUUUUAGUAACGAUGUUUCGGUGUUACAUUUUUCAGAUUUUUAGUUACAGUAAAUAAAUGUUAUUUAUUCUG